UUAAACUAGAGUUGAUUACCCUUUCGUCAUUCUGUUGCUAAUGCUUUCUAAGUAGCUUGUUUGCCUGCAUGGCUUAAUAACGGCUACAAUUAAGUGUCAAAACCAUACCGCUGUGUCAUUGUCAAAUUACAGAACGGCAAUGAAGCCGAACUGAAAUUCAGUAACUUCAUUGAAUAGCUUUGUUGACACACGUCAUGCGUUACAAGUUUACCAUAUGUAGCUUGUUAAAUUAUAUGACACAUACAUUAAGACCCAAAUAUAUUGCCAGAAGAGCUGAAAAAUCACACAAGGACAAUGCUGGACAUAGUUUUAUCAGUUUUUUGGUUUGUUUUCGUUUCUCGUGCAAAUUAGUACGUUUUAAAUGCAGUAGCCCCAGAUAACCAACAGGUUGCAACACUGUGUUUGUGGUUUUUGACGCAGGGAAUAGGAAGCUCCAUUUUGUACAGUUUUGUGGCGGAUUAAAUGGGUUUCUUUUUCUGGCAACGCAGAUAAGUAGCGUUUUCUUGUUUGACGAGUAUUGGGAGCUCCCCCAUGUGUGCCUUGUAUACCGAGCUGUGGACAAGAAAAAAACCAAUUUCGCGUGAGACCCUUUCCUUCGUUAUGAUUGCACGAGUGGAAACUAAUGGAUGAGAGAGCACAGCGUUUUAAUGGAGAUGAGAGUCUGAAACUUGCAGGGUUUUGUGACAGAGGAGAUACAGCUUUCAGGAGUGGAGUAAGCACAAUGUCAACUUCCACAGAAUCCACAGUGGCUCAAGCGAGCGCCAGUCUACACACAGUUGCCAGUGACAUUUCAAAUGGAGUAGGCAGCCAUGCCCCCCAGAGGGAGCUUAUGACAGCCGUUUCUGCCUCCAUGGGACUUUACAUGGAGGACACAGAUUCAAAAGUGAUGGGGAGCAACUUGGGAAUUCAGCAGCCGCGAACCCCAGGCAGUUUAACUUUAGGGGAAACCAACUUCACUCUAUUGGAAGAGAGCAUCGCAGACCUAAACAGGUCCUCAGGCGGUAUCGAUUCACUGAGUGCUGGAUCUGACCCGUUUUCGUUGAAAUCUGAGGAGUAUUUGCCCAUGGAUAAGAGCGUUCUGGCUCUGGACCAGGAUUCCUUUGCACAGGUUGGGAAAGACUCCAGUGUCAGCCCAGGGUUCUUUAAUGAUGACCAAAACACACUUGACCUCUUGCAGGAGUAUGAUUUGCCUGUCUCUCCAAAAGGGGAGAUGAACGAGAGCCCUUGGAACUUAAAUGCUUUCUAUGGUGAGGAUGAUGACUCUUUGCUUUCCCCGCUCACCACAGAGGACCCCUUUCUUGCGGAUAUAACUAAAGAUACCAAACCAACAAUAAUAAACAACAGUAUCUUAAUAACUAAUAACAGAAACAGUGGGGAUCAACAGCUACUUAAUCCCCCUGUCCCCACUAUAAAAUUGGAGAAAGAGCGCUUCAUUGAGUUGUCCACACCUGGAGUGAUAAAGCAGGAGAAUGCAAGCAAGAGCUACUGUCAGAUGAGUGGCUCGUCUUCUGACAUGUCAAGCCCUCUUACUGUGCCCAUUUCUAUUUGUGGGGUCAGCACCUCAGGCAGACAGACAUACCACUAUGGAGUGAGUACCUCUCAGGAUCAGAAGCCUGUUUUUAAUAUGUACCCACCUCUCCCUACCGUGGUUGAUGGGUGGAAUAGGAGCCAAGGAUUUGGGGAAGCUUCUGUGACUCAGACGGGGAAUGAAACCUUUUCCAUCCAGGGUUUGCCUACUCCCAACUACCUAAGCUCUAUGAGUCGGCAAGAUGCUGGUUCUUCUCCUGCAACGUCCACCAAGUCUACUCACAAGACCUGUCUCGUGUGCUCGGAUGAAGCCUCUGGGUGCCAUUAUGGGGUCCUUACAUGUGGGAGCUGCAAAGUGUUCUUUAAAAGGGCAGUAGAAGGAUGGAGGGCUCGGCAAAACAUGGAUGGACAACACAAUUAUUUGUGCGCUGGGAGAAAUGACUGCAUCAUCGACAAGAUUCGCAGGAAAAACUGCCCUGCGUGCCGGUUUCGGAAGUGUCUGCAGGCAGGGAUGAACUUAGAAGCACGAAAAACAAAGAAGCUCAACAAAUUAAAGGGAAUUCAGACAACCAUUGAGCAAGCAACACAGCUACCAAAGGAGCAGGCACAGGCGUUGGUUCCCAAAUCGAUGCCACAGCUAACGCCAACCAUGCUGUCACUCUUGGAAGCCAUCGAGCCAGAAGUUGUCUACUCAGGAUACGACAGUACCAUCCCUGACACGUCCACACGCCUUAUGAGCACUCUGAACAGGCUAGGGGGAAGACAAGUGGUAGCUGCAGUAAAGUGGGCAAAGGCAUUACCAGGGUUUAGAAGCCUGCACCUUGAUGAUCAAAUGACCCUGCUACAGUGUUCCUGGCUGUUUCUCAUGUCUUUUAGUCUGGGUUGGAGAUCCUACAAGCAGUCCAGUGGAAGCAUGUUGUGCUUUGCACCAGACCUAGUCAUAAACGACGAGAGAAUGAAGCUCCCUUUCAUCUUUGAACAGUGUGAACAAAUGCUGAAGAUUUCAAACGAGUUAGUACGACUUGAGCUUUCAUAUGAGGAAUACCUCUGCAUGAAGGUUCUGUUGCUGCUCAGUUCAGUUCCUAAAGAGGGCCUGAAGAGCCAAGGUGUAUUUGAUGAGAUCCGCAUGACCUACAUCAAAGAGCUUGGAAAAGCCAUCGUCAAAAGAGAGGAAAACUCCAGUCAAAACUGGCAGAGAUUUUACCAGCUGACGAAACUCCUAGACUCAAUGCAUGAAUUGGUUGGUGGACUUUUAAAUUUCUGCUUCUACACAUUUGUGAACAAAUCACUCAGUGUGGAGUUUCCUGAGAUGUUGGCUGAAAUGAUCAGCAACCAGUUACCAAAAUUCAAAGCGGGGAGAGUCAAGUCACUUCUUUUUCAUCAAAAAUGACUGCCUUACAACAUGAAAAAUUGCCUUAAAUGAUCUGUGCUUGUUGUUUCUAUCCCUCAAACUGUCAUGCUUGGAGUAUAAUCCUCAAUUGAUUGUUUAGACACCAGUAUGCACUACACAUGGUUUACAGAUGGUCAGAUUGGGAUGCUGGCAGAUCAGCACUUACAAAAAAAAUAAUUCAUUAUACAGUGAUUUUGCUUUUAAACUGCUGGAAUAUUUAAUUGGCCAGAAGGAAAUAUAUAUAUAUAUAUAUA